CUAGACAUAUGCUUAUCGCCUAUAUAAAUCUCAAGAUAGUAUGCUUGCCUCUUCACAGCUUAAAUUUGAAACCAUUGUCACUGAGCCCGGCCUCUGAUCAUCAGGAGUUCAUUGCUGCUUUGUGAACAAUGGAUGUCAAAAGAAACCAUGUGUUCAUUGCCAUAUUCAUCAUCUUAGGGACUGUAGCAUCUCAAGCCACAUCCCGCGCAUUGUAUGCUUCUUCCUUUGCUGAAAAACAUGAGCAAUGGAUGGAAAAGUUCGGACGCGUUUACCCGGAUAGUGCAGAGAAGGAGAGGCGUUUUGCCAUAUUCAUGCAGAAUGUGGAGUAUGUGGAGAAGUUCAAUAAUGAAGGGAACAAAACUUACAAGUUAAGCAUCAACGAAUUCUCUGACAUGACCAAUGAAGAGUUCCUGAGGCGUCGUACUGGGUACAAAAUGGCCACCAGCUCAAACUCAACCUCAUUCAGGUACCAAAGUCUGGCAAGUACUGAAGUUCCAACUAGUGUUGACUGGAGGGAAAAAGGAGCUGUCACACCGAUAAAGGAUCAAGGAAGCUGCAGUGUUUGCUGGGCCUUUACCGCGGUAGCAGCUGUAGAAGGGCUUACCAAAAUCAAAACUGACCAACUGAUCUCUCUGUCUGAGCAACAACUCGUGGAUUGUGAUGAUGGUAACUUUGGCUGUCAACCUGGUUACAUAAAUGAAGCCUUUGACUACAUCAAGCAAAACGGAAUUGCACGCGAAGAAAACUAUCAAUACCUAAAUUCCGACAGUGCCACAUGCGACACUAGCAAGGCAAAUGAGCGCGCUGCUCAGAUAACGGGUUAUGAAAAUGUGCCGACCAAUAGUGAAAGUGAUCUACUCAAGGCUGUGGCCAUGCAACCAGUCUCAGUUGCCAUUGACGCCAGCGGAGAAGCCUUUCAGUCAUACAGUAGUGGGGUGUUCUCUGGUGAUUGUGGUACCAGCCUGAACCAUGCUGUAACAGCCGUUGGGUAUGGGACGACUGAAGAUGGCACCGAUUAUUGGUUGAUGAAGAAUUCAUGGGGUGAGACUUGGGGUGAAAAUGGCUACAUAAAAAUUCUUAGAAAUGCUAAUCCCCCAUAUGGUCUUUGUGGCGUUGCCAUCCAAGCUCUCUAUCCGACUAAAUAACUAUACAUAUAAUCAACCUAUAUAUAGCAACAUACAUAGCCCAUUACUCCACUUCCAUACUUCGUAUAGUAUUAUGAUAGUCUAAUUCAAAAUAAAGUCCCAAAGUGUGUGAUGCAAGAUUACACACAAGAUAUUACUUAUAAACAAGAUCACUUCCAUA